CGGGUUGCUCUCAGUACUUUUUCCGUUUAGCCGACGGUUUGCGUGGCGGGCCAUUUCUUUCCACUUGCUCUUUCUACUUCUCUCUUUCUACUUCUCUCUUUCUCUCUCCAUUUUCCCCUCUCUCUCUCAUCAAAUCCACAACUCUCUGCGUCCCUUUCCAUGGUUCUCUCUCACUAGGGAAUGGUUUCUGGUGCUCCCGCGUUCUCAUCGUUGUUCAGCACCACUUUAUGGACUUGCCCAAUAAGAGAGAGAAACAGUUGGGCUUUUCCCCUAUUAAGUGAUAGAUCUCAGUUUCUCUCUCAUCUACUCUCUUCUGGACUUUUCUCUCUCGUCCCUGUUCAGAGUUAGAUAUAGAGGGGGAUUCUGAUAUAUUCGUCCGAAUUCCCCAUUAAUGGCAGCUACUACUAGUAACACCGUCGCCGUACAAGCUACAAAUGAUGACGCCUCUGCCAGUAAACUUUCUUGUGUUACUAAGGGUUACAUGAAGGACAAUUACAUCCGGCUUUUUGUGAGAAAACCUCUAAGAAGAUCCCCAAUAAUAAAUCGUGGUUACUAUGCACGUUGGGCUGCUCUCCGGAAAUUUCUCUUUCAAUUUCUCAAGUCUAGAGGACAAGAUGAUGAUGAAUGUGGCAUGAAGAAGCAAGUAGUUUCUCUUGGAGCUGGUUUUGAUACGACCUUCUUCCAGUUGCAGGACGAGGGCAACGCACCUGACUUGUAUGUUGAAUUGGACUUUAAGGAGGUGACCAGUAAGAAAGCAGCACUCAUAGAGUCCCACCAGCAGCUGAGGGAUAAAGUUGGACCAACAGCUGUAAUUUCACAAGAGAGAGGGGAAGUAAUAGGUGAUCAUUACAAACUUCUUCCUGUGGAUUUGCGGGAUAUUCAGCAUUUGGAUGCCAUAGUAGAGCAGGCUUGUUUGGAUCCCAGCUUGCCGACCUUUAUAAUUGCAGAAUGUGUUUUGAUAUAUCUGGAUCCAGAUUCCACACGCGAUAUUGUUGCUUGGGCAUCAAAAAAAUUCCCAACUUCUGUGUUUUUCCUAUAUGAGCAGGUCAUUCUCAAAACUUUGUUAGGAACAUGAGUUGGAUCAUGUGUGCAGAGUCGAGGCUGUUCUCUACUGGGGAUUUAUGCCACUCCAACUUUGCAAGCGAAGGAAAAGCUCUUCACAGACAAUGGUUGGCAGAAAGCUGUUGCUUGGGAUAUGCAGAAGGUUUAUGGGAGCUUCAUCGACCCAGAAGAGCGGCGAAGGAUUGAGCGGCUAGAAAUUUUCGAUGAGUUUGAAGAGUGGAUCAUGAUGCAGGAGCACUACUGUGUGGCAGUAGCCAUUAAUGACACCAAGGGCCCACUCCAUGACUUUAGCUUCCCUGAAAACCAGCAUGCGAGCCCAGUGCUUCACAGCGUAUAGGUUUGUUAUAUUGAAGUUCUUUUGACCAUUUUUGGGGAAAACAAAUCCUCCUUGGACUUCUCCGAGACCCUUUUUUUUUUUUUAAUCUUCUGUUUUUUAAACUUUUUCCUUUCUUUAAAUAUUUGAAUCGAGGGAAAAUUGGGAGUUCAUUGCAAUGGAUCUUGAAUUAAAAUUGUCUUGAAAAAAAGAAAGGAAAUUGUGUUUUAGAUGGUGUAAAUUUUGAAAAGUGGCCUAAUAUUUUGAAUGAAAAUUUUGAGAUUUAACAA